AUGGCAGGUACUCCUUCAAGCACAACAUACCAGCAGCCUCAGAGACCGCAUGCUUCCUUGAUGAGAUCUUGGCGCGAGAGACUGGAUGAAAAAGAAGGUCGCAAUCCAAGACGGGCUCGUUCUACUCUUAGCCUUCACUCGAGGCUGCCUUCACUUACCGAGGAUGAGGUAGUGAAUGAGCGAGGUGUCAGCAGCCAUGGUGAAAACGUUGAUCCAGUCAAUCCACGCUCCACGUCACCUGCCACGCCUCAUGGCUUCACUGGCGUUAUGCCUCGAUUUUAUCCCCUUGCGGCUGGGUUGGCCACUCUGCCUCCAACUCCGUCAACUCUUGUCGUGCUCUUUCCCGGCGACGAGAAAGAGCAGUUGCGAGCACGCAUCGUGCUUGCAAGCCAAGAGUUGGCGGACAAAGAGGAAGAGUUGGCGAAGGAGAAGAAGCAGGCGGCCGAGGCGAAGGCUAGCGCGGCGAAGGAGAUGGAGAAAUUGAGGAGAAAGUUGAAAGAGGCGGAGGAGAACAACAGGCAGCUGAGGGAAAGAGUGGCGACGAUGACAAAGGAUGGGGAGAAGGAGAAAUGGUGGAGCUAG